AUGCGUCAUGGUGGUAUCCAUGGAUUCCGAGAAAAUGCCAAUUUCAUCCGCAAAACCCUCGCCCAUGCACAAGUAUCCUGCUCUUCCCUAUUGCUCAGUCUAUGGUACAUUGAUCAAAUCUUUCAACAAAGCUGUCCACACCAUCAGCCCGAUUGGUCAACACGCGAUUUGUUUAUUGCUGGUAUCGUGGUAGCAGACAAGUUUUUGGCCGAUGUAUGCUGGACAAAUGCGGAUUGGGUUAUCAAUACCAACUACGCCUAUCAAUUGAAUGACAUCAAUCGUCUUGAGCGUCGAUUUCUUCGAGCAUUGAAUUAUCGUUUAUACGUACCAUCACAAGCCUAUAUGCAUUUUUGCAGCUUUCUCGAAUUUCGACUUAUCGCGGCAGGCGCUGGCACCAGCUGGACAUUCAAUAGUAUCAACACAAUGAGUCAUCAUCAUGGUGGAUUAUCGUAUCGAGAUAUCCGUAUCCUUAGCGAAUCACUUCCCAAGAUUUAUGCCGAUCGACUUCGACUAUCAUUACGGCCCCUUGAAGCCAUGUGGCUGAUGGCUCGCACUGUGGCAGCCAUUUGUGCGGUCUACGUGACAGCAGUAGCCACCGGAUAUGCAUUACGGGCGUACAUUGUUCAAGUAGUACAGUAUACCCUUUAUCAACGACAGCUUCAGGAACAAGCCAUGGUCAUGAUGGUAGAUGCAUUAGGAAAAAUGGCCUUGACACACAUAGCAUCACAAAAGUUAAUGGCCCCAUCACCUUCUCCUUCUCCUUCUCCUCCUCGUUUGAUUGUAUAA